UGGAAAGUGUGUCGCCGUCCGUUUCUUCAUUUGGAGAUACAAAAAGAUCCAUGCCAAAUUUCAGUGAAAACUUUAUCAUAAGUGAAAAACUGAAUAAAAUUGAAAAAAUCACCGUUUGGUUUAGAAAUGAGACGUCGUUGCUUGUUUUGUGGCAAACCUCUUUCCCAGCUGGAGAAUUUACUCAUUACAGAGCCUCAAUUGUGCCACCAGAUGCACAAGAAAAUGUUAUUUUCGUUCAGAGGGAAUACGAGCCAACUGCUCAAGCACAAGCUGCAUUCAAAAGUCUAUUGCCCGGAAAAAAGUACAACAUCUCUGUUCAAACGGUGCAUAAAAAUAGAGUGUCAUUGCCAUCCAGUGCAAGUUAUCGUACUGUCCCGUUGAGACCGGUGAAUUUGGCUGUCGACGAAGAAUCUCUUACGUCAGACAGCUUCCGCAUAAGUUGGGAAGUACCAACGGGAAUGAGUGAAUUCGAUGGUUAUCAAGUGUCGAUUCUAAAUUCAUUAGUUAGCUACUAUGUUCCGAAAACAGAUGAACCGGUGAUGUGGUUCGACUUCAAUAAUGACAUUUUUGAACCGGGUAAAACCUAUAACGUCGCAGUGAAAACGAUAUCUGGAAAUGUCUCGUCAUGGCCGGCUGUUGUAAAUGUUACACGUGAGAAAUAAUUAACGCUAGAGAUUU